UGACACAAAAGCAUUGCAAUCAGUGCAAAAACGCGCUUGCAACGAAACGGUUUUGCGACAAGAACAAAUCCAAUAAUUUAUCGAGUAACCCGAACAACAUUUCAAAUCACUUGAAUUAAGUCGUAAAGGAUUUGGUUUGACAAUAAAAUUGCCUGUUGAAGAGUGUAUUCGAGAUGCGCUUACUUCCGUCGGUGGCGUUGCUGCUGUUGGCGGUCGCGUUAAACACUGCGGUACCGCUGCCUGUCAAGGAUAAGGACGACUCCACUUCUCUUUCAGUUGAAGAAGUUGACGCGAAUGAYGCAGRAUCGGACGAGACACURGAAGAUACGAAGUUACUUGAAAAGCGUUCCGCUGACUCAAUACCCGACGUAGACUUGUGCAAACACCACAAACACAAUAAAGAUAGUAACGAAUUUGUUAGUGAAGAUGCUUACGAGCGUUAUUAUCAACUUGAAAAAUCUUAUAAUAGUGAACUUCGAAGGAAGCGUCAGCAAAUUGACAAGAAAGGCUCAUCACAAGAGGAUUCCUCCGAGUUGGCAGUCAGUGAUGUKUUAGCAUCGGAAUUACGUAGAAAACGCAAAGCUGCCGAUAGUACAUCUGAGGAGGAUUCAUCCGAAGAGAAGGCCAAGUCAGGAGGGCCCGCAAAAAGCGAGCAAAUCGCUAAAAGUUCAGACGGAGCGCGCAGAAAGCGAAAAUCUGACGAUAGUUCAUCUGAAGAAGAUUCAUCUGAGGAGAAAGGUAGGCCAGGUGCAAGUGGCGCGAGUGAUACCGAAGGAGCUAAAGGCGCAGACRGAGCUCGUAGGAAACGAAAAACCGAUCAUAGUUCAUCAGAAGAAGAUUCGUCUAUAGAUUCAUUAGAAGAAGAAUCGACUACAAAUACUAUUUCAUCAGAAGAGGAAUCGGUCACAAAUUCUAUUUUAUCAGAAGAAGAUUCAUCCGAGGAAAAAGUCAAGCCAGGUGCGAGUGAUGGCCAUGGUCCAAUAGGAUCAGAUGGAGCGCGUCGAAAACGCAAAACUGACGAUAGUUCAUCAGAAGAGGACUCUUCCGAGGAAAAAGGUAAAAAAGGUGCACCGGGUGCUAGCGGUGGYGACGGAGAAAAGGGAUCAGAUGGAGCGCGUCGAAAACGCAAAACUGACGAUAGUUCUUCAGAAGAAGAUUCAUCCGAGGAGAAAGGUAAAGCAGGUGCACCAGGUGUCAACGGUAGCGAAGGAGCUAAAGGUUCAGACGGAGCUCGUAGGAAACGCAAAGCUGAUGAUAGCUCAUCAGAAGAAGAUUCAUCCGAGGAGAAGGGGAAAGAAGGUGCAUCGAGUGCAGGUAUCAAAGGUUCUGAAGGCGCUCGUCGAAAACGCGAAGUUGAUGAUAGCUUUUCUGUAGCAGAUUCGACUAAAAAUUCAUCAGAAGAGGAAUCGACUACAKACACCGUUUCAGCAGAAGAAGAAUCGACCAAAAAUUUCAUUUCAUCAGAAGAAGAUUCAUCCGAGGAGAAAGUUAAGCCAGGUGCGGGCGACGGCCAUGGUCCAAUAGGAUCAGAUGGAGCGCGUCGAAAACGCAAAACUGACGAUAGUUCAUCAGAAGAAGAUUCAUCCGAGGAAAAAGGCAAAAAAGGUGCACCGGGUGAAAGUGGUGGUAAAGGCGCCAGAGGUUCAGACGGAGAUCGUAGGAAACGAAAAACUGACGACAGCUCAUCARAAGAAGAUUCAUCCAAAGAAAAAGCUAAAGCAAAAGUUAGUGGAGCAAACAAGCUGGACAUUCGGCGUUUAAAACGAAAAGGAGACAAGAAAAUUGAACCUAAGAGUAAUGAAGAUUUGAACGACGUGCUGAACUUCAGUUUGAACUCCGAAGAAAACAGAGAGUCCAAUGAAGUAUUGGAAUUAGAAAAGGAUUCCUCAUUAGAAGAUUACGUGCAGGGAUGUGAAGUAAUGGAUGCGAAUUCGGAUGAAGCCAACGAAACGACCUAUAUUGAAGACAGACGUAAACGAUCAUUAGAGAGUGUAGAGCAAACURAAAUCGCAAAAGGAUCAGGAGAGAGUUCCAAACAAAGUGCAGAAGACAACACAAGUGAAGAAAAUGAUGCAGUAGCUGAUAGUGCAGACGAUUCCCAACAAAUUUCGAACGAGCGCCCAAAURGUAAACAAGGAAUUCCUAAGGCCGAAUCUGAAGAAAGCGAGGAAGAUGACUAGGUUUUCACCGAGAUGUGUUAAACAACUUGGGAGCGAGCGACUGAGCCACUACCCAAAUGAUUUACUGCGCCUUAAAAAUAAUAUACAACAAUUUGAUGCUGUAUUCUUUAAGUUUCGUGUUAAUAUGUCUUUAAAUAAUAAAUUAUGUACAUAUGUUAUUAAACUAAUUUGUUGUACUACAAAAACGAACAUAACAGAUAA